AUGGCAACCAGGCUAAUGCGUUCAAGACCGUUCUACGAAGGUCGAGGAUAUGACCCUGCCACUGGAAUCUUCACGGCGUCUGUCGCUGGACUGUACAUGUUCACGGUUCAGUACUGUCCUUUUCCAGCCUCGAUGGUUUACCUUGAGAUUACACAUGAAGGGAAACCGUUGCAGAGAUCAUAUCACUACGAGAAAGUUUAUGGAGUCUGUGUCAGCAUGCAGACCUUCGCUAAAGUUGCGAUGGGGGAAAAGGUCUGGGUGCGGUCUAUUUAUUCGGGUGACCUUUACCAUCAAGAGGGGUAUAUGUGGAACAGCUUUGCUGGGUUCCUGGUGCAUUUAUAA